AUGGAAAAAUACACCGACUCCAGCUCAUCGCAAGGCGAUGCCGAGAAUACCGCUUUUAUCACAACACCCUACCAAAGCGAUGAUAGGCAACGGCGGAGAAGCUACAUCUAUCUCACACUCUUCAACCUGUUCCUUUUCACAGUAUCAAUGCUGUCGUUGCUAUGCUCGGUUAUGUCGCAAAAAGACUACUCGGGCCACUCAGCGGCUAAGCUAAUGGAUCAGUUCGACAUCUUCUCGCCUGCAAAACACGUCGUCGAGUAUAGCCACACAAAGUUUGAACUACCCAACCCUUUGAACUCUUCGAAGUAUGUCGGUAUUACCGAUGAUGUAGAGAACGCAUGGAUGGACGUCGCAUAUCUGCCCGACCAAAUGGUCUCCAUGGAAGACUUCCCCAAGCUACAAAAGCCCGCCGACGCCCUGCAAGUCACCGACCCCAAAACAGGCGAAACAGGCUAUCGAGUCGGACUAGAAGUUUUCCACCAACUGCACUGCCUCAACCUCCUCCGCAUGUCAACCUACCCCGACUACUACCCCAAGCUCUGGUGGAGCGACACCAACGACAAGCCUGAAAAGGUCAGGGCGCAUCUAGACCACUGCAUCGAGAUCCUCCGCAUGAACCUCAUGUGUCUUUCUGACGUCAACGUCUUUACUUUCCACCCGCAGGAGGGUAAGGAGGGAUACUGGCCUGACUACGAGAGUCACCAUGUAUGCAGAAACUUUGACAAGAUCAAGGAUUGGGCUAACGACAAUGCGAUGCCGGACCUUGAUGUGUAG